AUGGCAGCUUGUACUGAAACUCUUAUGGACUUGGCUGUUCAGCUGACAAGUGUUGUCAACUCGGCCACUCCUGACUCGGAAAAGACCGCCGCUGCCACUUCCAUCGCAAAGCAGAUACUCAAAGCAGCCAAAGGCCCCGCCCCUGAUUGGAUGGAACGAGCUUUCAACAACGUGGAGAUCGCUGCUCUAAAGCUUUUCCUUGACUGGGGUGCUUUUGAAAUUAUUCCAGAGCGUGGCACCAUUACAUUCAAUGGGCUUGCGAAGAAGUUGAGCGCCGAUGUGUCGCUGAUCCGACGUAUCACCUGGGUGCUUGUUGCCGGCGGCACUUUGCGCCAACAUGGCGAAGACCAGAUAGCGCACACCUCAGUAUCUCGGCAAUACCUCCCCGGAACUCCAGAUGGACUACUCCUACAAAUGAUCUAUGAUGAGCACAUGCUCCCUGCUCUGAAGUUGCCGGAGUACUUCUCAGAGUACGGCCGUCGUGAGCCAGUUGAUCGACUCCAUACGCCUCACGCCUACGCUGUCGGUCAGCCCGACAAAGAGAUCUGGGAAAUCCAGAAGCAGAAUCCCGAGAGAAUGAAGCGAUUCAUCAAAGCGAUGGAGGUUUCGCAAAAGUUCAUACCAAUGAUCGGCAUCUACGACUUCAGCUGGGUCAAAUCGAAACUCUCUGAGAGCCCCGACAGAAUCGUUUUCGUUGACGUCGGCGGUGGCAAAGGACACAUGAUCAAAGCGGUCAUGAACGAAAACCCCUUCAUUAGACCCAAGAAUUUCAUGCUAGAAGAUCGCGACGAAGUCAUCAACGAGGUGAUCCAGAUGAAGGAACCCGAACUCAACGGAGUCCAGCUCAAAGUGCACGACUUCCAUCAGCCACAACCUGUGAGGAACGCACUGAUCUACUACAUUCGACGAUGCCUGCACGAUUACGGUGACGACGUCUGUGCCAAGAUGCUUACGCAUCUGUCGGACGCGAUGGCCUCGGACAGUAAGGUUCUCAUCAGCGAAUAUGUUCUGUCAAACCCGCCGACCCCUCUAGGCGCCAUGACUGACUUUGGGAUGCUGGAAAUUGGCGGCAAAGAGCGGACGGCGAAUGACUGGGACGUACUCGUCGCACGGGCCGGACUGAAGGUUGAGAAGAUUCACGGUUUAGACCAAAGGAUGCAGGUCCUAGAAUGCAUCAAGAUCUAA